GAAGAACUGAUGGGGAAGUUCUGGAGUUUGAAUGCUUGCGGCGGAAUAUCUGGACUUCUCAUAGCUGGUUCAAAAAUAAACAGAACAGCCGGAGAUAUAAUGUGCUUAUAGACAACACGCCCGCUGUAUGGAUAUCCGUGAAAGGAAGAGACUUCAGAUGGAAACCUUCUGGCUACAGGACCUGUACCUCACCAAGGGCCCGUCAACAAAGAAACCGGGCAGAGAAAGAACCAGGCUUACAGACAGCAGAGAGAGGAGAUCUUCUGCGAGAUACAUCAGAUCUGUCAGGGACAAAAGGGCAUUAGCAACUAGCCAACAGGCAAAUGUCAGUGCUGGUAGGCCAAAUGAGAGGGAAUUGGGCAACGCUGUGAGCAAGAGUACAUCUGCACAGGUUAAAGUGGCUGCAGUGGUCAGAUCCACAGCUAGUAACAAUACAGAAAUUGCUCCCAAGAAAAGGAAGAAGAUUCACCCUUCUAGUAUCAGAGGAAAGAGUCAACUGAAACUGAUAGUUACUCCUGGCAAUGGGGUGUUCUAUGUUCAAAUUUUGGAAGCCAGGGGGCUAAUGGGAAGAGAGUACAGGCCGUGUGACUCAUAUGUCAAGAUAGCCAUUGCUCCAGAUGUUGACCACAGCAAGCGAUGCAAAACCAGGACAGUUCUAGACAGCAAGAGUCCUGUUUUCAAUGAGACUUUCAUGUUAAAUGUGGAUGAGGAUGAUCAUAAGAAGAGGUUUUUGGUGACAGUGUGGAAUCGCAAUCGGACAUCCAGGCGCAGUGAUUUCCUGGGCUGUAUGAGCUUUGGCGUCCACACUCUCAUCACCUUAUCUAAGGAGAUCAAAGGUUGGUAUUAUCUCCUGGGAGAAGAGUUGGGCAGGAGCAAACAUCUGAAAGUGGCCUCACGUCGCAUCAGACCGACCGCUGUUCGUGUCGUUACAAGGCCAUAUGACAUUAUUCCUUCCGAGGAAGGAUUUUGCUCCUGGGAUGUGGAUGGAAGGACACGUGUGCCAUCUGAGAAAUUCAGCCGAGAUUAA